AUGUCUACUACUACUGCUACUAGACCAUUGAUACUUUCCCAUGGUUCUUUGGAACACGUUCUACCAGUUCCAACCAGCUGUUUCUUUGCUGCUUCUGAAUUGCUAGAUCAAUUCAACAAAAGUCUGCCGGAACCAACUGAAAAUUUUGCCUCUGACCAGGAACCUUCCUCCCCAAUUGAAUUGUUGGCGAAAUUUCUUGGCUUUGUGGCUGACUUCGUUCAAGAAGGUGAAACAAAAUUCGCCGCUGUUCUUGAGAAUUCUUUAAACGAGUUUGAGAUUGCUUAUUUGCAAGGCAAUGCAGUUCAUGCAGUGGCUGCUAAACUACUUGAUGAAGAGGAUUCGAACACUACUAUAGAAAAAGUUAAGGAAUUGAUCAAGAAUUAUAUCAAGGCCAGAUAUGUCGCCAAAAAGCCUUUUGAAAAGAGCCAAUCUGCUCUUUUCAAAUCGGCUACUUCUGGUGAAUCACAAAUAGCUGCCAUCUUUGGUGGCCAAGGUAACACAGAUGACUAUUUCGAAGAACUACGUGAACUAUAUCAAACAUAUAACGUUGUGGUUUCAGAUGUUAUCGAGUUUGCAGUCACUACUUUGAAAGAGUUGGUCCAAUCUACUCGUGACACCAAAAAGGUUUUCACUCAAGGGUUCGAUGUAUUAAAUUGGUUGGAACAACCAACCCAGACUCCAGACACAGAUUAUUUACUAUCGAUCCCAAUCUCUUGUCCCUUGAUCGGUGUCAUUCAAUUGGCCCAUUAUGCGGUCACCGCUAGAUUGUUGGGUUUCACUCCCGGUGAGUUGAGAUCCCACUUGAACGGUGCUACGGGUCACUCACAAGGUUUGGCCACAGCUGUCGCUAUCGCUGAGGCUGAUUCUUGGGAGUCCUUCUUUGAAUCCAUGAAGAAAGCUAUCUCCCUAUUGUUCUUCAUCGGUGUUCACUGUUAUCUGGCUUACCCAAACACUUCACUACCACCAUCUAUCCUAGAGGAUUCUUUGGAGAACAGUGAAGGUACUCCAUCUCCAAUGUUGGCGAUUACAAACUUGACUCAGGAUCAAGUACAAAACUUUGUCGACAAGACUAAUUCACAUUUGCCAGAAGAGAAACACAUUGUUAUCUCCUUGGUCAACGGUGCUAGAAACCUGGUUGUUACUGGUCCACCACAAUCUCUUUAUGGUUUGAAUUUGACUUUAAGGAAGGCAAAGGCUCCAUCUGGAUUGGAUCAAUCAAGAAUCCCAUUCACUGAGAGAAAAUUGAAAUUCUCAAACAGAUUCUUGCCAAUCGCAUCUCCUUUCCACUCUCAUCUAUUGGCAUCCUCUAAGAAGUUCAUCACCGACGAUUUGGCUAAAUACAAUGUGGAUUUCUCUAGCAAAGAUCUAACGAUCCCAGUCUAUGAUACUUACACCGGUAAGGACAUCAGAGAUUACAAGGAGUCCACCAUCGCCGAAAGAGUCACAGACUGUAUCGUUAGUCUACCAGUGAACUGGGAAACCGCCACCAGUUUCGAAGCUACGCAUUUAUUGGAUUUCGGUCCAGGUGGUGCAUCUGGUCUUGGUGUCUUGACUCAUCGUAACAAGGAUGGUACUGGUGUUCGUAUUAUUGUCGCAGGUACUUUGGACACUAAUGCAGAGGAUGAAUACGGUUUCAAGCAAGAAAUCUUCGACGUCACUUCAAAUGGUCUAAAGAAGAACCAAAACUGGUUGAAGGAAUUCCAACCUAAGUUAAUCAAAAACAAGUCAGGUAAGGUCUUUGUUGAUACUAAGUUCUCUAAGCUAUUGGGUAGAGCUCCACUGUUAGUCCCAGGUAUGACUCCAUGUACCGUUUCUCCAGAUUUCGUCGCAGCCACGAUUAAUGCUGGCUACCAGAUUGAGUUGUCUGGUGGUGGUUACUUCUCACCAGACGGUAUGACUAAGGCUAUUGACUCCGUUGUCUCUCAAAUCAAGAAAGGUUACAGUUUGGGUAUCAACUUGAUUUACGUCAACCCAAGAAUGUUGCAAUGGGGUAUCCCCUUGAUCAAGGAAUUGAGAGAGAAGGGUUACCCAAUCCAAUCCUUGACAAUUGGUGCAGGUGUGCCAUCUUUGGAAGUGGCUACCGAGUACAUUGAGACUUUGAAAUUGACUCACUUGGAUUUGAAACCAGGUUCAAUUGAUGCUAUCUCCCAAGUUAUCAACAUUGCUAACGCUCAUCCAAAGUUCCCAAUUGUCUUGCAAUGGACUGGUGGUAGAGGUGGUGGUCAUCAUUCUUUUGAAGAUUUCCACGCUCCAAUGUUCCAAAUGUACUCCAAGAUUAGAAGACAUCCAAACAUUAUCCUUGUCGCAGGUUCCGGUUUUGGUUCAGAUGAGGAUACUUACCCAUACUUGACUGGUGAAUGGUCUACCAAAUUUGACUACCCACCAAUGCCAUUCGAUGGUUUAUUGUUUGGUUCAAGAGUCAUGAUCGCAAAGGAGGCUAAGACUUCUUUGGCCGCUAAGGAGUUGAUCGCAUCUUGUCCAGGUGUCCCAGAUAACCAAUGGCAACAAACCUACAAGAAGCCAACUGGUGGUAUCAUCACUGUUCGUUCUGAAAUGGGUGAACCAAUUCACAAGAUCGCUACUCGUGGUGUCAUGUUCUGGAAGGAAAUGGAUGACACUAUCUUCAACUUGCCAAAGAACAAAUUACAACCUGCUUUGGAUGCUAAGAAGGAAUACAUCAUCAAGAAAUUGAACGCUGACUCUCAAAAGCCAUGGUUCCCUACCGUUAACGGCGAAGUUCGUGAAUUGUCUAAUAUGACCUACGAAGAGGUGGGAAACAGAUUGGUGGAAUUGAUGUUCAUCAGAAAGUUGAACCAAUGGAUUGAUCCAACUUUAAGAAACUUCACUGGUGAUUUCUUGCGUCGUGUUGAAGAACGUUUCACCAAGGUCAAGACGCCUUCUAUCAUUCAAUCUUACUCCGCUUUGGAUGAACCUGAUGCUCUCUUGGAGAAGCUAUUCAAUGCUUACCCAGCUUCUAAAGAUCAAUACUUGAACGCUCAAGACGUGGACUACUUCUUGAACUUGUGCCAAAGACCAAUUCAAAAGCCAGUUCCAUUCGUUCCAGUGCUAGACCACAGAUUCGAAUUUUUCUUCAAGAAAGAUUCCUUGUGGCAAACCGAAUUCUUGGAAGCGGUUGUUGAUGAAGAUGUUCAAAGAACCUGUAUCUUGCAUGGUCCAGUCGCCGCUCAAUUCACUAAUAACGUCAAUGAACCAAUCAACAGCAUCUUUGAUGGUAUUCACGAAGGUCACAUUAAGAGAUUGUUGAAGGAACAAUAUUCUGACGAUUCUUCCAAGAUUCCAGUUGUCGAAUACUUUGGUGGUGAAGAACCAGUUGCUGUUAGUUGCCAAAAGCAACAAUCAGAUGCUACUGGUAAGGUCACUUACCGUGCCACUGCUUCCACAGAUCCAAAGAACUGGUUCAAAUUGUUGGCAGGGCCUGAAAGAAACUGGAGAAAUGCUUUCUUUACCACCUCUAGAGUGGUUCAGGACAGCCUGUACGUCGACAACCCAGCUCAAAAGGUCUUCAAGCCAGCUGAUAACUUGGUUGUUGAUAUUACAAACUUAGACACCCCAUCCAAGACUGUGGUUACUUUGUCAGAACUAGUUCACGGUGAAUACAAGCCUACUGCUGUCUUGAGAUUAGUCAAGGAGAACUUGAUUCAAUUGGAAAUGAUCGAAAACAGAACCAUUGAUGGUAAGCCAGUCGCUUUGCCAUUGUUGUACACUUACAUCCCUGAGGAUGGUUUCGCUCCAAUCGCUGAAGUUAUGGAAGGUCGUAACGAACGUAUCAAGGAGUUCUACUGGAAGCUAUGGCUAGAUGAGCCAGUCGACUUCAAGUUCGACCCAAGAAAGGUCAUCAAGGGUGGCAACUUCGAAAUUACCGCCAAGAGUAUCGCUGAGUUUACUCAUGCUAUCGGUAACAACUGUGAAGAUUUUGUUAAGAGAUCUGACCGUAAGUUAUUGGCUCCAAUGGAUUACGCUAUUGUGGUUGGCUGGAGAGUCAUUAUUAAGGCUAUCUUCCCUGAGACUGUCGAUGGUGACCUAUUGAAAUUGGUUCACCUGUCCAACGGAUACAAGAUGAUCCCAGGUGCCAAGCCUUUGGAAGAAGGUGACAACAUCUCCACACAUGCUAUUGUGAAGUCUGUUGUCAACCAACCAACUGGUAAGAUUGUUGAAGUUGUUGGUACUUUGUCCAGAGAUGGAAAACCAGUGAUGGAAGUUGAGUCGUCUUUCUUCUACAGAGGUGCUUACACUGACUACGAAAACACUUUCCAAAGAACUGUCGAACCUGUUUACCAGGUUAAAAUUCAGUCUCCAAAGGACGUUGCAGUUUUGCGUUCCAAGGAAUGGUUCCAAUUGGAUGAUGAAGACAUUGACCUGUUGGGUAAGACUUUGACGUUCGAAACUGAAACUGAAGUUACCUACAAGAACGCCAACGUUUUUUCCUCUGUUAGAUGUUCUGGUCCAAUCAAGAUGGAGUUGCCAACCACCGAAAACGUUGAAAUCGGUGUUGUUGAUUACGAAGCUGGUGAGUCUUACGGUAACCCAGUGGUUGAGUACUUGAAGAGAAACGGUUCCACUUUGGAACAAAAGGUUAACUUAGAGAAUGCCAUCCCAAUUGCUGUUUUGGAUUUGCAAUCCCCAAGUACCAACGAACCAUAUGCUGAAGUGUCUGGUGACUUGAAUCCUAUCCACGUUUCUCGUCACUUCGCUAACUAUGCUGACUUGCCAGGUACUAUUACUCACGGUAUGUACUCCUCUGCUGCCGUUCGUGGUUUGAUCGAAAAUUGGGCUGCAGACAGCGUUUCUGCAAGAGUUCGUGGUUUCGACUGUCAAUUUGUUAGCAUGGUUUUGCCAAACACUCCAUUGACCGUUUCCAUUCAACAUGUUGGUAUGAUCAAUGGUCGUAAGUUGAUCAAGUUUGAAACUAAGAACAACGAAGAUGUUGUUGUGUUGACUGGUGAGGCUGAAGUGGAACAACCUGUCUCGACAUUUGUCUUUACUGGUCAAGGUUCGCAAGAACAAGGUAUGGGUAUGGACUUGUACCAAAAUUCUGAAGUCGCAAGAAGGGUCUGGGAUAGGGCUGAUAUUCACUUCAAGGAAACUUACGGUUUCUCUAUCUUGGACAUUGUUAGAAACAAUCCAACUGAAUUGACUAUUUACUUUGGUGGUGAAAAGGGUAGAAGAAUCAGAAACAACUACUCUCAAAUGAUCUUUGAAACUAUCGUCGACGGAGAACUAAAGACCGAGAAGAUCUUCAAGGAUGUUAAAGAGGAUUCAACCUCUUUCACUUUCAGAUCUCCAUCCGGUCUAUUAUCUGCUACUCAAUUCACUCAACCUGCAUUGACUUUGAUGGAAAAGGCUUCCUUCGAGGACUUGAAAUCUAAGGGGUUGAUUCCAGCUGAUGCUUCAUUCGCUGGUCACUCCCUAGGUGAGUAUGCUGCUUUGGCUUCUUUGGCAGACGUUAUGUCUAUUGAGUCCUUGGUCGAAGUUGUCUUCUACAGAGGUAUGACUAUGCAGGUCGCCGUCCCAAGAGACGCUUUGGGCAGAUCUAACUACGGUAUGGUUGCUGUUAACCCAAGCAGAGUCUCUCCUACUUUCACACAAGAAGCUCUACAAUUUGUUGUUGAGAAGGUCGGUAAGAGAACAGAGUGGUUGGUUGAGAUUGUCAACUACAAUGUUGAAAACCAACAAUACGUUGCUGCUGGUGACUUGAGAGCCUUGGACACUUUGACUAACGUCUUGAAUUUCAUCAAGGUUCAAAAAAUCGAUAUCGUUAAGCUUCAAGCUUCUCUAUCAUUGGAAAAAGUUGAAGAACAUCUAUUCGAAAUCAUUGAUGAAGUGUCCAAGAAGUCUUCUGCUAAGCCACAGCCUAUUGAACUAGAAAGAGGAUUUGCUUGUAUUCCACUACGUGGUAUCUCUGUUCCAUUCCACUCUUCAUACUUGAGAAAUGGUGUUAAGCCAUUCAAGAGCUUCUUGAAGAAGAACGUUGUCAAGGAGAAUGUUAAGGCAGACAGGUUGAUUGGUAAGUACAUUCCAAACUUGACUGCUAAACCAUUUGAGAUUACCAAAGAGUAUUUCCAAGACGUUUACGAUUUGACUGCUUCCGAACAAAUCAAGGAGAUUUUGGAUAACUGGUCCAAGUAUGAAAAUUAA